UGGGGAGCAGUAGUAAGAGAGGAAGCCCAAGGAGGUGGGGACCAGCUCCAGUGUCCUUUUUGGAGGCCCGAAGGCUGGUAUUUCUGGCCCCAGUGCCCCAUGGCAGGGAUCCUCAUGGAAACCCGCCUGGGAGCGCGCACACUCUGGCUAAUCACAGAUGCAGGCAUUGUGACGGGGUCCUGGUGAGUAGGUGCAUGGCAUUGAUGAGACUGAUGCUGGCCACCAUGUCCAGUUCUGGUGUUCAUGAUGCCCAUAGGGUGGGGCUGAAGCAGUGAGGGGUUGAAGGAGAACCCCCCCAACAAGCUGAGAGCUAAGCCAGCGGCCCCCAGCGAAGGGCUGGUGAGUUCUGCAAGGAGAAGGCUGGGCUAGAAGGGUCGAGCUGAGGCCAGGGGUUUGGCCAGCAGUGGGCUGACCAGGCUCGCUGGGCACGGGCCUGGAGCUGGGAGAAAAGGCUAGAGCAAGGGGAAACCUCCUGAGGAGAAGUCGUCACUGGAGGGGUUCUGAAUCCAGAUGGGAGCAGCGUGUGAGCAAUCUGCUCUGGCUCAGCCAGAUGCUGGCGUUGCUGGGGGGCAGCGCCUGCCUGGGUUGUGCAGGGGUUCUCACCCUGGUGGGUCAAUGCGCCUGUCUGGACUGGCUGCUGUACAGUGAGGGCUGUGUGGCAAUAGGGCUGGGGCACAGGAACACGGAGAGCAGAGAGGUCAGUGUGAUGGGUCCAUGCACCCCAGUGGUGGGGCUGAGAGGCAGCAUUGGCAGGGCAAGCGAUUCACCUAUUGCUAGCAAGUGAAAAGUGCUGACACUUGGCUCUGUUGGGGCAGGUGAGAGACACCCUCUAGCAAGGGUCACGUGCUGCCAUUUGGGAUUGAGCUCUGGGUUUCUAUCUGUCAUGUCUGUAGCCGAGGCCAGGCUGCUCCAUAGCACAGGGCUUUCUCGCCAUCCCCUGGGGCUGCCGCGGUUCCUCAUUAACCAGACAUUGGCCCUGGACCAGACAUUGCAGGAGUGGGCAGCAGGUAGUGGAAGGGAAUGAUUGGGGUGCUGCAGUCCUGCCCCAGGAAUGGUACAGGGAUUAUGGCCAGGUUGCUGCAUGCAGCAGAGAUUCACCUCCUUCUUCCCCCCCUAGAAUUGUGCAAGGAGCAGUGCAGAGCUGUUUUGCCAUCAGAAUGGUGAGGAAGCCGGUGCUGCUGCCUUGAACUUGCAUAGCCCCAGUUUCCAGGCCGCCUCUCCCAAGUCCUGCCAGUAGCUCUCGGCAGCAGGGGUCUCAGGGAAGCUCCCAGCAUGAAGCUUUCUGCCCUCAUCCUGAUGCUGGCCGUCCUGGCAGGCAGCCAGGCCUCUCUCCUCAGCGAUGAGCCCACACCGAGGUUGGAGCAGAUCCAGGAAGCCUUCUGGGAGUAUGUGGCCAAAGCCACCAGUUCCACCGAGAAAACCAUGGAGCUGAUCCGUAAAUCUGAGCUGGGCCAGGAGAUCAAUAGCCGCAUCAGCCACAGCCUGGUGGCUGCCAACAGCUAUGGCACAGAGCUGCAGACACAGCUGCCUCCUGGGGCCCAGGAGCUGGUGGCCAAGCUGAGCAAGGACGCAGAAAUGCUGGUGCAGAAGAUUGCAGGGGACCUGCGGGAACUGACCCAGAAGGUGCAGCCAUACACUGAGGAGCUGCAGGCUCGGCUGGCACCCUAUGCCGAGGAGCUGCUGGAGCAGGCAGAGCAGCGCGCUGAGACCCUGCGCUGCGGCUUGAUGGCUGGCACCCAGGAGUUGAGCGAGAAGCUGCAGCAGAACGUGGAGGAGCUGCGCAGCCAGCUGGGUCCCUACGUCCAGGAGCUGAGAGGGCGGCUGCAGCAGCAUGGGCAAGAGUUCCAGCAGGGGCUGGAGCCCUACGUGAAGAAGCUGCAGGGGAGCCUUAGCCAGGGCGUGCAGCACGUCCGUCGCAACCUGUACCCCUACGCCGAGGACCUGCCCCAGAAGCUCAACCCCUACGCCGAAGACCUGCAGGGGCAGCUGGGCUCCUUCUGGGCCUCCUUCUUGCAGCACUUCCAGUGAGGGGCCUGUGCUGGUGGGGAGAUGGGAACACAGAGCCAGGUGGGCAGGGGCUGAGACACGGACCCCAUCCAUCCAUGGAGCCCCUGGGACUGGGGGAUGGGAGCACAGACCCCGUCCGUGCAUGGAGCCUUCAGGGGUCACAGGUGCUUGAGAGGGGGCAGCCUCUUCUCUAAGAGCCCCUGACAUGCCCAGGGUCCCUGCCCCAUCACCCCUAGUCACUCCCUGUGUCUGUAACAACCUCCCAGGGCUCAAUAAACCACCCGCUGAUUAA